GCGAGACUGCCACCCCUGGCGCCGCCACGGAAGCGCCAUUACACAGAAAUGGGAUUCCCUACUGGAAGAAUAAAUGACCUUGCAUCCAUCCUCGGCACCACCAAGAUCCACGACGAAGACCCAGACGCCAAGCUGAUAGACAACAUCCAGCCCGGGGAUCGAGAGUCUGUGCAGAAAAAGCUCAUGGCAGUGCUCAUUGCAUUGAAGCCGAACACCCCCGUCCAAAAACGAGUCCAACUGCCAUCACUCGUGAAGAAACUCGAAACGAUACUGCUCCGACUCGCGCACUCCAAGGACGAGUACAUGGACCCGACCACGAUCUUGCCGAGGCUGCAAGCUGUACACAACUUUCGUUUAGCCAAGCGACAGCGCACUGAUCCAACCAAGUAAAUACACGGCGUCGAUGAUAUUUAACAACCAACGGCCCUCGUCGUUCACAAUCUUGGGCCUCCCGGCUCUGUGCACCGCUUGAUCGUCAAGAAGUUUCGAGUUUGACAUGGCCAAACUGUCAAUUAAAAAUGUCGCACAUCGAAA